AUCGAAUCAAGGGAUGAGUUCUGAUGAUGAUUCCAUUAAGAUAGUCUUAGAAAUCGAUUCAUAAAGAAACCAUCUCAGAGAACUCGAUCCAUCAAAACCCAAUCAUGCAUCCUCAACUUCCAGAAGUCCUUACAACGGUCUUAAUCAAAUUCGAUAAAGUAACGAUUCUUUUACCAAUAAACAAAUCAACCACUUUACUUCAACUAAAACAAACUUGUUUAAAUAUCUUUCAAUCUUCUACUACUACUACUACUACUACUUCUUUAAAUCAACCAAUAAAUCAAUUAAAUCAAUUAAAUCAAUUUGAUUUCUUUCGUCGUAAGGAUCAAAAGAAUUCGUCUCAUUGGAUCUUAUGUGAUCUUUCGUCUAGUUUAAAUGAUUUAGAUUUUAAAGAAGCUGAAGUAUUAGGUGUAGGAUUCGUUAAUUCUAAUGGUAUUUGUUCUGAACCCAAGAUUCAAGUAUGGAUCGAAUCAGAAAUCAAUCAAGAAGAAUGA